AUGCCCGCGAACGACGCUGCCUCCCAAAAUGUGCUACGCGCUGCAAGACUCAAGUCCGGACCGAUCAGUAUAGGCAUCGUGGGCGCUGGAUUUGCUGGUCUUCGCGCGGCAGACGUUCUGCUUCAGCAUGGUUUCCACGUCACAAUGUUUGAGGCUCGAGACAGGCUUGGUGGCAGAGUGGCCCAGAGCGAUCGUCUUGGCCACCCAACGGACCUAGGACCUAACUGGAUCCAUGGGACGAGCGAUAAUCCGAUCAUGAAGCUUGCCUCUCAGACGAAUACGAAAUUACACGCAUCUGACGAGGACGAAGUAGCCUUCAGCUCGGACAAAAUCGCUUUAGACCCAGCAGAGACAGCGCAAUAUAGCCAGAUCUUGUGGGAUGAAGGUCUGAUCGCAGAAGCCUUUGCCUACUCUAAAAGUCACGGCGACCUGAUCGACAAGGAGAAGAGCCUGUAUGACUUCUUCGCGGAGAGAACUGAGAAGUUAUUCUCCAACGAGUACCCAGCAAUAGCCAAGCGGAAAAGGUUUACCUUUCUGCAGUUCGUGAACACCUGGGGUUGCUACAUCGGAAGCCCCGUCACGAGGCAGUCACUGCGAUACUUUUGGCUUGAAGAAUGCAUCGAAGGCGAGAACCCCUUUGUGGCGGAGACCUACAGCAAAAUAUGCGAUGCUGUGGCAGCGCCGGUGUUGGAGCAUGCAGACAUAUGCUUAAACACUGAAGUGGUCAACAUCAGCUCAGGACAGCAGCAAGAUCAAAAUUACAGCAACUUGAAGCAGGCUGUGGUGGUCACCACUGCGGACGGCAACAGGUCAAGUUUCGAUGAGGUCGUCGUUACUGUGCCGCUGGGUUUCCUCAAGCACAGAAAAGAUAUCUUCGAACCAGAGAUCCCGGCGGCACUCGAUCUGGCUUUCGACAGCAUCAGUUACGGAACACUGGACAAAGUCUACAUAACCUUUCCAGCGGCAUUUUGGUCGACCUCGAACACAUCGCACGCACACGACCCACCUGAAGACAGCGUCACUGAUGCGGAAGGUCCGCCGGUGACAGCCUCAGACGACGAAGUAGGUGCAGAGGCUGACGGUUGGUUCCACUGGCUUCAGCCAGAGUACGCAUUAUCGACAAAUCCAGAACGUUGGAGCCAAGAAGCAAUGAAUCUGGCUGUCUUACGAGCAGACUGUGCUCACCCAACCCUGCUAUUCUACAUCCAGGGACCACAAUCCAAACACAUCGCAAACAUGAUCGACUUGGCCGAGCACGAGCAGGACAAGGACGCCAAAUUGAGAGCUUACUUCGAGCCAUAUUACUCACUGCUUCCCAAUUACAACGACGCGAAUCCCGCGUGUACACCCAGCGCUAUCCUCGCCACGGCGUGGGCAAACGAUCGCUUUGCUGGAUACGGCAGCUACUCGAACUUCCAGGUCGGCUUGGAGGACGCCGACCACCAUAUCGAAGUCAUGAGGCAUGGCAUGCCGGAUCGACACAUCUGGUUGGCAGGCGAGCACACGGCCCCUUUCGUGGCAUUGGGUACCACAACGGGAGCAUACUGGAGCGGAGAAGCUGUCGCCAAGCGCAUUGCAUCGGCAUAUGGCAUGGAGAAGAACGAUUCACGAUCGUAG